GGUGUGGGUCUGAUUUUAGUAGCUUCAGCUGAGACAAACCAGCUGUGUUCCAGGGUAGAGCUGAUAUAAAUAUAUUGAGAAAAAAGAGAAAAAAGAUAACCACUAAUGUUCAAUCCAGUGCAACUGCCAUCAAAUGCAGAACUGGAUAAACAAUGGAGGAGUUUUGACUGGGGACAGAAGAAAUACAUAAAAGAAAAGCUGGAGAACUUCUGUCCGAGUCAUCCAGAUGUAAAGGACAUCAAGAUCCUGGUAACUGGACCAGUUGGAGGAGGAAAGUCCAGCUUUAUUAACUCAGUCGAUAGCGCUUCUCUGGGACGCAUCUCCUCCAGAGCAUUGGUUGAUUCAGAUAUUUGUGGUCCUGUUUUCACUCAAAAACUCAAAGGAUUCCCCAUCAGAAGUGAGAAAAAAAGAUUGCCCUUCAUCCUCAAGGAUGUCAUGGGUUUGCUUUCUGAAGCAUUUGAAGGGCCACAACCAGAAGACAUCAUCAAUGCUGUGUUUGGUCACGUGAAGGAUGGCUAUAAAUUCAACGAAAAGCAGCCAUUCAAUUUUAAGGAUCAACAAUUCAACUGUGACCCCAAACUCUCUGACCAGUCUUUCUGCCUGGUUUACGUCAUAUCCGCAAUUACAGUCCAAUACACAGAUGAUCGUCUUAUUGACAAGAUGAAGCUCAUCCGCCAGAGAAUCAGUGAAAAGGGGAUUCCUCAAGUGGUUAUCAUGACUCAAGUGGAUAAUGUAUGUUUACUCGUCAAAAAUGAUCUACGGAAGGUCUACAGUAGCAAGAAGAUUAAGGAGAAGAUGGAGUUGUGCAGUGCCAAAUUGGGUGUGCCAUUGACAAACAUCUUCCCAGUGAAGAACUACCAUAAUGAGAUUGACACAGAGGAUGACAUUGAUGUUCUGAUACUAAAGGCAUUUGAACAGAUUGUUCAACUUGCUGAUGAUAGAUUGAAGGAUAGUGAAAAUUACUGACAAACGUAAGUAAGAAAAGCAAAGUUGUAAAAUCAAGAAAGACUAAGAUUCUGCACUUUUUUAGCUCAUUAAAUAUGAGCAUCUCCCCCUCAUUAAUAACAUUAACACUAUUAAAUUACUAUAUAAAUAUGGGAACAAUGCAGUGACUGACUAAAUCCUAUUUAAUCUUGAAAUGUUUGUUGCAUGGAGGUGGAGUUCAGCCCGGGUGUCUGGAGCAAUGUGUACAAUCUGAAUGAG